GAGAGAUCUUUACUAGUGUCCAUUAUUGCACACAGAUCAGAAUGAUUCAGUUCUGUACUGAUGGAUUUCUUGUAUUUAGCAUACUGAUCAUCGUGUCAGUGGUGAAAUGUGAGACAAAAGAUGUCCUGUUUUUCACUGCAAAUAAAGGAGGAAAGGUUGAUAUACAGUGCCCAUAUGAGUCUAAAUAUGAAAAACAUGAGAAGUAUCUGUGCAGAGGGACGUGUUCAAUACUUUCCAAAGACAUACCUGUUAAAUCCAGAAAAGAGCCUAAUGACAGGCGAUUCAAUCUGACUGACAACUCAACAGCCCACAUCUUCACUGUCACCAUCACUGAUCUGAGACCAUCAGAUGAAGGCACAUACUGGUGUGUAGUAGUGACAGGCCAUUUACGUAAUCAUGAUUAUAGAGAGGUUCAUCUGAAAGUUAAACAUGAUAAUGGAGGUUUAUUAACUGUGAUAACAACGACUACAAAGACAACAACAACUAUCAGCUCAAUGUCACCAGUAUCUUACCAUUACACAGUCAACACUCAGACUGUGGCUUCAUCAUCACCACCUUCAUCACCAUCAUCAUCAAGUUUCUGUCUAGUGUCAAAAAAUUCAGAUUUGCCACCAAUGAUCUCAUUGUCAGUAACAGUGAUUCUUCUUCUUCUGUUUGGACUUUCACUCUUCAUGUACCGUAGACAGAGAAACAAGAAGAAAAAUCAUUAUUCCUCACAGAUCAACAGUAACACACCCCAAGAUUGUGUUGAAAACAAUAUUUAUGUUAUUCAGAGCAUCUAUGAAGGACCCCAUGAUGUGAAAAGCCACUCCGACUGCUGUACCUGUUCAUCGUGUGUUAAUGGCAACAAUAAUCUACCCACCAACCCCUCUGAGACUAUAAACACGGUUUAUGCUACAGUUCAAUUACCCAGAAAUCCUUCAGAGUCCAACAGGGACAUUUAUUCCCUGGCUCAUUUACCCAGAAAACAUUUGGGUUGAAUGUUCAGUUUUUAUCACUGCAUAAUUUCUUAGAUUUCUUUGAUUAUCCAUGAUAUUACAUAUUAAGUGUUUUUUCUGUAAGUCGGAUGAAGAGCCUGCAUGUUCCAACUUGUACUUCUCUGUCGCCAUCUCAGUUUGAAACAUAAAAUUGCAAGGUUAACAUACCUAUCUUUGAGAGCAUCGCAAUUCGAAGGCUGAAUCCUUUCGAAGGAUGCAGACUUUGAAGACGGGACUUGGUUUUCGAAGUAUGCAGCCUCUGAACUCUAUGAAGCAAACUGAAAUGAGCCGGUCUAGCCAAGCCUGUCUAGCCACUUUGUUUUAGAGAAUAUGAUGCGUUGAUGCACAUUAAACUACUCAACAGUAUUUAAAAUUUAACAACCUUAGAAAUAUACAAAAGUAAAACACAACAUGCUCAAUAUUGCAGCCAUAAUAUUACAGCUUUUCUUGAUUGCUUUGAUGCAUCCGUCAACUCAAACUCCACAUUUUCAAAAUAGUUAACGCACAGGCCUAAACAGUAGCUCUCAUGGUCAAAAUGACAAUUUUUUUGCUUUAACCGCGCUAAAACAUUUAAAAUAUGCAACAAAAGCUAAAUUUGCCUUCAAACAACACAACGUGCACACAAGUAUAUGAGCUCUUUCAGUCAAUCAUUACACAGUGGACAACAAAUACAAAAUACUCAGUGCGAAUCAGUGCACCAUUCUCUGUCCAUGUAGCCUAUUGCCAGUGCCAUUUGUUGUCUUUCUAUAUUGGCUGUGUCAAAUUUGCCUUUUUGCAAAAAAAAAAAAUGGAUCCAGAAUAAGAAAUGCUUUGAUGCAUUUUUUAUUGAUUCCAUGACAGAAUUUUUUGUCAAACCAUGUCUGAAAACUGAAAUACUGUAAAUAUUACAGAGAAUACAUGUAAACCAAAGUACAGUAAAAUAUAUUGGAGUAUAAGAAAUAUCCACUAUUGAUAUCUCUUCUGUCUUGACGAUGGGGCCACAUGGCCUCAUCCACAUCACAUUCAAUAUCCUCUCUUGCAAUGCACCUAGGGAAAAAUUAUCUUGUAUGCCUUAUCCAACCUUGACAUUCCUCUGCACCUAUUUAUUGGGCAGCAGCAGUCAUUGCAAUGGCUUUGCUCAUAAGGAUGGUGAUCAUAAACCUUCCACCUCCAAGCACUGAAGUAUUCCUCUAUGGCAGGGGUGCCCAACCCUGUUCCUGGAGGGCUACCGUCCUGCAGAUUUUAGCUCCAAUCCCAAUCAAACACAGCUGAAGCAGCUAAUCAAGGUGUUCAGGGUUGCUUGAUAAUUACAGACAGGUGUAUUGGAGCUAGGUUGGAACUGAAGUCUGCAGGACGGUAGCCCUCCAGGAGCAGGGUUGGGCACCCCUGCUUAUGGGAUUCAAAAAUGAGGAAUAUGCUCAGAGGAACAGCACCAUAAUGCAAGAAUGUACCCCAAACCACUCAUUGAGAAGGCGAGAGAGGUGGAACGCCUUAGACCUCAUCCAUGCUGGCAAAGAACAACACAGACAUGGCAACAUUUUUAUAAGUCUUACAGACUGAUUGCUAUUUAAAGAUUUGUGUGAAGGAGUGUCAAACAGGUGCUUCGGUGAGUUCAUACUAACCUAGUAAGUUUCUGAAACCCCAUUCACACAGACCUUUGGUCCCAGAAAAUACCCGUAAAAUUGCCAGACAAGCGUCUGUGUGAACACAAACUCGUCCCGUUAAUCUUCUGGGAUCGUUGCCGGAAAGAGGACCUAGUCAGAUAUACGGAAAACCCUCUGUGUGAACAAGAAGCCGAAACAAUGCCGUAAUGGGUGUGUCGCGCAUCCUCACAACAAAAGUUAUGGUUCAGCUCCUUAAAACGAGAGAUAACAUGCAUAUAAACAUUCACCACGAGAAAUGUUGCAAACUAGAUUGAAGCUGUUAUCAGGAAAUGAUAAAUGAGACGCAUAAACAAUGACGCACGUGAGGACGCGCGUGUCAUAUCCCUGCUGAAAAAAACAGCAUACCAGCAAGACCAGCAUAUGUUGUGUUUUGGUGCUGGUUUGCUAGUGAACACCAGCUAAACCAGCAUCAGCACUAGCAUUAGCACCAGCUAAACCAGCACCAAACCAGCAUCAGCACCAGCAUCCCAUGCUGGUCAUACCAGCAAGACCAGCAUAUGUUGUGUUUUGGUGCUGGUAUGCCGGUGACCACCAGCUAAACCAGCAUAAUUCCCAUGCUGGUCUAUGCUGGUUUGAUGCUGUUUUUUUCAGCAGGGAUGGCAACAUGAAGUUGGUUCAACUCUUUAAAAUGAGGGAUUUACAACAUUCACGACGAGAAAUGUCAGCAAACUGGACUGAAGCAGAUAUCAGGUAAGUUAGCUCGUCACUUACUGCGUUGAAACGGAGAUCAUUCAGCAGCAUAAAGAAUAUCGCGUCACGUGCUCAUUUGAGCUAUAAUAAACGACAAUACCCGCGUGUCAUCCAAACAAUUGAUAUAUCGUCCAGCUCCUCAAAAUGCGGGUUUUAAAUGCAUAUAAACAAUCACGAUGAGAAAUGUCUGAAAACUGUAUUAAGAGAUCAUUUGCAAGACGUGUCUUCUGCUCUGCUGAGAUAGUGAUGAUGAAAACUGAGUCCUGGUUUCUUUAACCAGGUCAAAGCAAUCAAGAAAAACUGUAACAUGGGCAAUAUAUGUGUUUUGGUUGAUUGUCACUUUAAUACAAAGAACAAAUAAUACAACAGAUAUGAUGAUCAGUAUAAAACAUUUUUAUAAGGCAUUAUUGUUUAACUUUGAUAUUUAUAAUGUUCACCUGCCUAUGAAUUGAUCAAAUAUUAAUUUUAUUUCAAUUUGCACAGUUGGCAAUGAGGGCUUCAUAAAACAGUUGAGCAAAGAUUAAAUGAUGAUCAGAAUUAAGUGACCAAUGUUUGUGUUGUUUUUGAGUCCAAGUAUUUUAAGAGUUUGACUUCUUUCAAUGCUUAUUUUAA